GGGGCGGGGCCGCCAUAUAAGGAGGCGCGUCCGCGCGUGCGCGCCCGGCGCGUCUGGGUCGUGGAGUCGUCGGUUGCGGUCUCCUGUGCUGAUGGGCUCAGUGGCCUAGCGCCCCGGUUCCCGCCGUCCGUGAUCGAGCGCCGAGGCCCGCGAGGGGUCGCCGCCGAGGUUUCCACCAGCCCAUAAGCAAGAGCAUGGCAGCCAUCCCCUCCAGCGGCUCGCUCGUGGCCACCCACGACUACUACCGGCGCCGCCUGGGCUCCACUUCCAGUAACAGCUCCUGCGGAAGUGCCGAGUACCCCGGGGAAGGCAUCCCCCGCCACCCCGGUCUCCCCAGAGCUGACCCGGGACACUGGUGGGCCAGCUUCUUUUUCGGGAAGUCCACCCUCCCGUUCAUGGCCACAGUGUUGGAGUCCCCAGAGCACUCAGAACCAGCCCAGGCCUCCACCGGCAUGAUCACCUGUGACCUGGCUCGGGAAGCCGUGGGGAAGCAGCAGCCUGGCGGCCAGCCUGGCCAAACCAACUCCAGGCCCCCGUCCUGAGUGGCCACCACCAGCUGCCGGGCGGGCUUCUCAUUAGAGCCCCCCUCCUUCCCCUCCCUGAGAGUGAUCGGCUGCAGCCAACACAAGCACUUGGGUUUUUAACAGCAAAACAGCAAAACACCAAAAAGGAAGUUGAGAGAACUCCACUCUUUACUAUCCAAGCCACAUGAGAGCCUUCCCGGCGCCCUCUAACCUGUGCCUUGCACCGAGUAGAAAAUAAACAAGCAGCCAGCAGCCA